UAUUGAAUGGGAUGAAGACUGUGGUGGGAGUAGUUAUGCUAGAGAGCUCCGUUUUACGUAGGAAAAGAAAUGUGAGAAAAUGAGAGAUUGAAGGAAGGAGGAAGGAAAUGGUUAUAGAAGGAUGACAGAAGUAUAACGAGAAUGAAGAAGCAAGGAUGAAGAAAGAAAGGAAGGAGGAAGAGAACUUGGGGAAUUUUUUUGGGAAUGAGUGAAAGAAAGGUGAAUGGAAGGUUUGUAAACUUGGAAAAAAUAGAAAUAAAAAUUUACAAUUUCUAAAAUUGUAAAUCAGAAUAAAGAAUCAUCUGUCAAUAUUUUUAAAAAAUAAUUAAAAAUACAUAGUAUCUUAAAUUAUUUUUUUGGGCGUAACUCUUAAUUUUGGUUUGUUUGGUCCAUUAUUUUUUGAUUAAUUUAGAGUAGUAAAUAUUUUUAUUAUUUCUUGAACGUUUAAUCUGUCAAUAAAAAUAAUCAAAAAUAAACUAGAAUAAACUAGAAAUGUUCUAUUAUUUCUCAAUUUUUAAUAUUUUUAUUUUGGUUUUUAUUAAAAGAUAUGAUGCACAAUUUACAUUAUCACGAACUCCAGGCUCUAAACCUUUACAUUUACGUAUUCAACUACCUCCUACCUCUUCAGACAGUAUAUCAUUUAUUGCCCUAUUUCCCAAUGAAAAUUGCUUAACUAACAACCUAAUUGAUAAUCGGUAUGGGGAUCUUUCAGAUAAAUUUUUUCUAAAUUCCUUUAAAGAAUUUUUCUCGAUUUUCAUGGAUGUCGUGUAAGUCUGGAUUGGUCUGAAACUCUGUUUGGAACCACCAAUUAUUUUAAAAGUUUGAGACGACAAAAAAGGAGAUGGCGUGUUGGACCUGUUCAAAAAUGUGAAUGUUUUUGU